AUGUCAUUGACUGGAACAUACGAGUUCGAACAUGCCGGAUACACUUCAACUGUGAUUGGGUCUAUUGAUGAAGAACGAAAUGCUGUACUGUCGCAGAAGCAGACCAAGUUUUGGUACUUUCCGGAAUGUGCUAAGUCAACUGAUUCUCAAAACACUGCUUGCAUUGAAGAAGAAGAUGAAAAUGAAGUGGAAAGCGAUGAAGUGAGACCGCGGUACGAAGACGCUUUGGGAAAGAUAUUUACAUGCCCAGAGGAAGGAUGCUCAGCUACAUUUUUGAGAUAUUCAAGCGUGGUCAAGCAUGUUGAACGUGGACAACAUAUAAUUCGACCUGAACGGCAGACACUUCGUGAUUUUUCAUUGAAAUAUUUUAUUCGUGGUUUGGAAGAAGUGGUCAAAAAGUUGCCCAAUAAUUUCGGAUGCUGUGAAAAAACUGAAGGAAACGAACGAGAAGACGGAAUUGGAAGCUAGAAAUCCGGACGGUUCUAAGCGGUUUUCAGUGGAUCAAAGGAAACCCUUCCGUCACAUUGCCGGUUUCUUCUCCCAUGAAGCAGCGAAAAGGCAAUCAAAAGCAGCACUCGCGACGCGCUCAAGAAAUGAAGGAUGAAUCGUGGAAGGAAGACUAUACUAUUCCAGAGGAAGAGCAUGACGAUGCUGGAGUGAUCCGAUAUUUGAAACUUGAAAGCACUUGGACUAUCGGUGAUUCUUUUUAUUACGCACUAAUAGAAUCCAGUGAUCCAAUUUUUGCUAUGGAAGAAACUGAAAUGUGAAGAAAAUACGCUUUACAAUUUUCCUGUUUUAGGUUUUUCUCAUGUACUUUUGUUGUUGAGUGUUGCCCCUUGUGUAUGUACUUCUUACCGUUCUUGAAUCAAUCGGAGAACGACCAAAUAAAUGCUUCACAAAAAGUAAGAUGAACAUUGAAAAAUAAAAACGACAGAAAGCAUAAAAUAUUGGGUAAAAGCGAACACAUCUCGAAAAAUCUAUCCGGCUGACAAAAAAUUUCAACAUGUUUUAAUCGCUACGUUUACAAAGCUGUACCUGACGAAUACAUAACAGAAUUACAGUUUUUAGCAUGAAAAACGUCUAUAAACAGGAAUUCUUUUGUUUCUGUAAGUUUUCCAAAAGCAGAACAGAAACUUUUUUUUGAGACCGGAUCAAACUUUUGAAAAAAACUCCUUUGAUGUCAAUCGGCAAAUGUGCGACAGUAUGCUAUAUCGACGUAAAAUUGUCCGUAGAUUAUGAAUUUGAAAUAAAAUCGUGGCUAUGAAGUGCAAAAAAUUUUCACCACGGAGGAAAACUGCAGAACAACUCAACUUUUUCACUAAAAAUCCGAAAUUUCUCCAUGAAGGAAAGGUGAUAAAUUUUUGGUGCCAACAUGAAAAAUGCUUAAAAAGAUACGAGAAAUCGAAUGGCCUUGAGUCUGAGACGCUACCAUUUUUUUGAAAUUAGUUACAGGUUUGACCUAUUUUGUGACCGUGAUCGGACUAGGGACCAAGGAGCCGGACCAAAACUUGUCUGAUGUAUCACUGUUAUGUAAGUACCCAUUGGGUAUAAUAUGGGACAAAUUGAAGCAUUCUGAAUUUUUAGUGACCUGCAGUUUUUGAACUUCUCAGACAUUGCCUCUUAAAAACAAGCAACUGGAUUUUGGGUUUCCAAUGAUGAAGUCUUUCUAACGAAGUAUUUUUGGAAAAAGUAAGGAGAAUUCUGAAAAAAAUCAGCGUGACAUUGCAAAAUACUGUCAUCUGCUUUUAUAAGAAAUUUGAAAGUAAAAUCCUGUAAGACAAAAAUGAACUGAUCAAAAAAUAAUUUCCACUUGUUUUUUUACUGCAGUAUUUGACUUCGAAAAUUCAUAUAAACUCAGUUGACGCUAUUUUCAAAUGAUUGACAACACGUUUUGAUUCAACAUAGCCUACUGUAUCAUCAUGUUUUAAUUUUAAUUUUUCUAAUUUCCGGAAAGUGCUUCCUUAGCUAGUUUCGAGCCUUUUCGUAACUUUAUUAAAACGAUCAACUGGGUUCCAAUGACGAAAUCUUAUCUUUGAAAAUUUCCAUAACUUUAGUCAUUGCUUUUUGUCUACGUUUAUUGUAAAAAAUUUGUGAUUUGUUUUCAACAAAUAUUGCAAAGUCUAUGUUCUGGCCAUAAUAUGAAUUGUCCACUCAACCUUAGUUUGGACGAAUCUUUGAAGCUGAAGUAAUUGCCUUGUAGAAACGUCAACUUUAAUGGACAUGAAAACUUGUUGCAUCAGUGAACAUGCCGACCCUCGUCAAAUUUCAACCCUUAGGCAACUAGUCUGGUGGAUUGAGUUGUUUAUAAUAUGAAUAAUCUUCUCUUGAAAUUGUUUCUGAUGAUAUUGAUAAAAGGUAUUUAUUGUUUUUGAUUAAUCUUUGUCUUUUGGAUUUUUAAAUUUCAGAUUCCUUUUCUCGUUUACAUAUAAACAUUUAUGGAAUAAACUCUCAGCGCGGACAUAAUUCAAAUCGUGACGUGUUGUCUAAUCACUGGCUUCAAAAACAUCGUCUCGUAUUGUAGGUAUUUGGGCUCAUGAAAUAGCGGUACCAUCAUUUAACCGUCCAAUCUGCUGUGAUACUGUUAAUUUUGCUCUUUCAUAUAGCCUUAUCAGCCAUUGGUAUUUUUCAUUCGUGUAAAGUACCCUCCAAUCAACCACAGGUAACUAUGGUAGUGCUAUUGAAAAAACUUGCUAGAAAAGUAUUUUCUGAGGCAAAAUUCUAAAUAAUACUACUUUGCAACUUUAGAAACUCUUUAUCGAUGCUGAAUAAAAUAUUGUAUCACUUCGAUUUACAGUGUUUUUCAUGAACAUACCCCUAAAAUUGAAUAUAUCGUCUCUCCCGAACAAAAUACAAAGACAGGGCCUUAAAAAUCGGAAUCAGCAUCUCAAGCAGUGCAUAGGAUAGUUUGGGAAUGGUGCAGAAACAUCUUAAAAUGUUGCAUCUGAAAGCGUUUUAUAAGUAUAGGGCAUCUGAUAUCAGAUUUUCGGCAAAAAUGGAACCAGGCUGAACAUCAGACUGGCUUGAGCGCCAUUUUGGCCGAAAAUCUGAUAUCAGGUGCUAGCGAUUUGACAUGAUUGAACGAAAUUGACUUGAAAUGCUCAACAACAUGCUUCAACAAGAUUCGACUUAAUCAUCGAAAUCCUCCGGAUUCCCGAGCUCCACACAGAACAGUAGGCUAAGAGAGUGGCCCUAUGUGGCGUCGGGGUCAUUGCACAUGAUUUCAAAAAGUCCUUUUGGACACCCUAAGUGUGCCAAAUAUUCAAUUCGAGAUCAUGUUAAUCAGUUUCAGAAGAUUCCAGGGUGUUUUCAGGGGUGGCCCUAUACUUAUGAAACGCUUGCAGAUGCAACAUUUUCAGAUAUUUCUGCACCAUUCCCCAACGAUUUUAUGCACUGCUCUCAAAUUGGCCUUCGGGAGGUUAUUUGUGAUGCUGAUUCCGAUUUUUUACCCCUGUCUUCGUAAUUUGUUCGGGAGAAACGAUAUAUUCAAUUUUAAGGAUGGCCCUUAUGCUUAUGAAAGGGACCGUAUUCAAUGGUCCUUACAGUCUUGUCGAAAAUAGUUUUCUGCAAAGUUUGACUUUCAGGCGUCGUUAUCCAAAAACAAGAGUAUUCAAUAAUGUUUUCAUGCAUUGUUCUCAAACAAAAAUAGUUUGUUUUUUAAUGGAUUUAGUUUCUUAAUUCUAUUUUUUCAGGAAACUCUCUUCAUAAAAAGAAUUGGUGGUAACUAUCCAUAUGGCCCAAAAAUGUUUCUCGUACUCCAGCAGAACAUUUGUUAUAAUUAUUUGAAAACUAUUGCUUCAACUGCACGAUUGGAUCUUAUUAAGGUUUUUGACUUUUGCCAUAAUUGAACAUAGUUUACCCUUGCAGCGUGAUCGUCGGCGCCACGAACGAACUUGGAAUAAAAUUUGGUGCAAUCACUGCAUUUCAUACUGGAAAAAAGUUAUGGGGGAAGAUCACCAGUGUUGUGCAGCACAAAAGAAAAUUUACUUAUGA